CUCUGUAUCCUGCGAGGAGACUGGGAUACUGCCGCAUCCAAAUGAACCUUGCCUCUCUCUCUGCGGUCGCUAAUAGCAAAACAAAGGAGAACAAAUCGUUAGUUGCAGAAAAAAAAACAUAUCCAGUCAUACCAUGACGGAGAACACUAAAACGCACGUUAUAUUGCUGUCAUGUGGAAGUUUUAACCCCAUCACUAAAGGACACAUUCAUAUGUUUGAGAAAGCCAAAGAAUACCUGCACAAAACAGGGAAAUUCAUUGUGAUUGGGGGCAUCAUCUCUCCUGUACAUGACUCCUAUGGCAAACCGGGUCUGGUCCCCAGCAGACAUCGUCUCACCAUGUGUCAACUGGCAGUCCAGUCCUCUGACUGGAUCAGAGUGGAUCCCUGGGAGUGCUACCAGGACACAUGGCAGACUACGUGCAGCGUGCUGGAGCAUCAUCGUGACCUCAUGAAGAGAGUCACAGGGUGUAUUCUAUCCAAUGUGAACACACCGUCCACAACUCCAGUGAUCGGCCAACCACAGAAUAAGACUCAGACUGCCAUCUAUCAGAACCACAACACAGUGAACAACAAGCCCACUGCCAUUAAGCUGUGGGGGAAGAUGAGUGAGAGCUUGGGUAAAAUUUGCUGUGUUCGCCCCCACAUGGACCGUUUCACCUUUGUAGAUGAAAAUGCCAACCUUGGUACUGCAAUGCGAUAUGAGGAAAUUGAGUUGCGCAUCUUGCUCCUAUGUGGCAGUGAUCUUCUGGAGUCAUUCUGCAUCCCUGGCCUAUGGAAAGACAGUGAUAUGGAGGUGAUUGUGGGAGACUUUGGGAUUGUUGUUGUGCCUCGGGACGGAGUUGAUACAGAAAGGAUAAUGAACCAUUCCUCUGUGCUGCGCAAGUACAAGGAUAACAUCACUGUCGUAAAAGAUGAUGCCAACCACCCUAUGUCCAUUGUCAGUUCAACCAAGAGCAGACUGGCCCUGCAGCAUGGUGACGGCCAUGUGGUGGACUACCUGAACCAGCCAGUCAUCGACUACAUCCUGCAGAGUCAGCUCUACAUCAAUGCUUCUGGAUAGGAACUACUGCUUUGGCCUGUUGGCAUAUUGUCCCUGUCUGUCUUUCAUGUGAAACGUAUACUCCUCUUGAGCUACUGCUUUUCCAUUUAAAGAUAUCCAUAUCCCUUCUUACUGUAUCAUGGUGACUCAUCUGACCUGUGGAUGUACAUCGAGGUGCCUGAGAGCUGUGUGUAUGUGUGGACCACCUUCACAACUGACUUUGUGUAGGCUGCGCCGGCCGGGCGGGAUAGAGAGGGGGGGGGGGGGGAUGGGGUUUUGGGGCGUGUCCCAAAUAGCAUAACUUUCCCCUAUUGUGCACUACAUUUGACCCGGUCAACAAUAGUGCACUUUAUAGGGAAUAGGGUGCAAUUUGGGAUGCCCACUUGGUGUCAUUAAGAGAGGGUGUAGAGAUGGUAACCUAUUGAAUUUGGGCCUUUGCUGUUGAUUUAAAAUCUGUAUGUUUUUAGACUGCAUGCUUAGAAUGUUUCUGUUUUGGCAUGAGUACUUACUCACUUUGUAGAUAGAUGUUGUGAAAGUGAUUGCAAAAAAACGAACAUAUAGUGGGUACCCACCUCUCACUUAAUUUUCUGUUCACUCCAAGUCUACUUUAUGUACAGUAUCUGUAUUAAUGUACCUGCGACUGCACAUCAAUGCCUAAAUGUUUGGUUUUCAGUGGGCAUUGAUGCAAGAUGUACAUCUGUUUGCACAUAAGAGAAUGAUUUGAACGUUCAUUUAUUUGUGUGUGCAAAGGAUUUUGACUCGUUUCUUCUGCUUGCCACCCGAGAAAAUGACCACGCCUCCAAAAAACAAAUGCAAUGAACCUGUUUCUUACUGUGUGCUAUGUAGCUAGAUUAUUUUACAUAUAGAGGAAAAAAACAACAGCACAAACUAUAGAAGUGCAUUUCAUGUGCCCUGGGGAUGAGUUCACAAAUGCAAGUCUCUCACUCUCCUUGCACAUAACACUCUGUCAUAAUAACAUCAGUCUGAAAUAAAUGUGUUCUAAUGUUGUACUGCAAAGGACGUGGGGAUAUAGCCUUUGAUCAGUAGUUUGUUACUGAAACUCCUCAUGGUCAGGGCCAAGACACGUUUGACAGUGUAUUUUAAUGAGCAUUGUAUGUAACCAUUGAUUUAGUCAGUCUUACUGCAAGGAAGGGUAAAUAGGGGGGCACAUUUUGGUUUAAUAAGUGUCUUUAAUUGUGACCAAAGCAUAUUUACAGUAGCUUUAUGUGUGUCCAUUUGGCUAAGAUUAUUAGGUUAUUCAAUUUUAAUAGCCGAUGAAGCAAAAGUAAAAUUCAUUCCACUAUUUCCGGAAAUCUCCUGGUUCACGAUUUGAAAGAAAUAGACAUACAAGUGCUAGUUGUCCAUGUAGUAAUCUCGUUCUCCAGCCUCGUGCAGAACAUAGAAGUCUGACAUGACGCAAGACUAUCAAGAGACAAUUUUCAAGUCGUGUCGAAAGUCAUAUUUAAUUGGAUCUGGAAUGGCCAGAAAACAUUCAAACGGGCAUAUUUAUAAAACAAACAUGAGUUGGAGGGUUAAAAUGAUUUAAUAUUAAGGUAUUAAACCUCUCACUUAAAGACACCAUUAUAUCAAAAUUAUAUCUAUAUCCAAAAUGGUUUUUGAGUAGGCUACUAAGAGAGGCACAUCCAAUGUUCAAAAGCGGGCUCUUUGCCAUUAAAACAAACCAUUUGACAAUCAAAUCAAAUGUUAUUGGUCUCAUACACAUGGUUAGCAGAUGUUAAUGCGAGUGUAGCGAGAUGCUUGUAAAUGGAACCCUGUUUAAAGCCAUACAGAAUUGGUUACAAUUCCAAUUUCAUCCUCCAGAAGAGGCGUAACAAAUAUUACAGAAAAUAAUAUGGCUAAACUCCAAUGUACUGAUAAAGGAAAGGAACAUUGUUUUGGAGAAAAUGUACAAGGAAGGUAUCGUGAUUAUGAAUGACAUUGUAAAUAAGGACAGUCAAAUGUUGUCACACAAGCAAUUAACAAAGGUCUAUGGAGAUGUGGGCGCAAUAUAAAAGUAGAACCAAAUUGCAGCUCACACAUAAAAAAUGGAUGGAGCAAUUACUCAUAAGAGAAAAGGAUAAAUUAGUUUGUUUGCCGCCAAUCAAAAACCAUGCAUGGCUUAAAAUGACUAGUGUAAAUCGUAUAUCCGUUUUAUUUAAGCUUGAGAGGUUUGACAACUAUACCGCAUAGAAUUCAAGAUAGUUGGGAACAGAUUUUUGAUGUUUCAAUAUCACGGCAUCGGGUUUAUGAACUGAUAUAUAAAACAACACUUGACACAAUGUGUUCUCUUCCAUUUAAACUAUUAUAUAAAAUUCUUGGCACAAAAAUAAUGUUCACUAUAAGGGGCAUUGAACAGUCAGCCUUGGGCAGACUGCAACCAAGAAAUAGAAUCAAUAGAUCAUUUAUUUUUGCGCUGUGCUUCGCUGGCUCGCUUUUGGAGUCAGGUCCAGGAGUGGUUGCUGAGUCAUAAUGUCUGUGUUCAGAUGGACCUACAAAAGUACUGUUCGGAGAUCUGAGAGACCACAAUCAAUCAAUGGGAAAUAUGAUUAUAUGCUUAGCUGAAGUAUUUAAUUUGAGGGCAAUCGUGGUAGAAAUGGUACAAAUAGAGAGGUUCAAGACUCUUAGUAAGACAUCACAGUAAAAUAGAAGGAUGUAUUGCAAAAGGAAAUAGUCGAAUGGUAGUGUACUGGGAAAGACGGGCUAGUCUGUGGACAUCUGAGGGGUGGAAUGGAGAUCAGAAGGACUGGUUGAUUUGAGAAUGAACUUAGAGUCCAGUACAAACAGCAGGAGGCUAUAGAAAUGUUGCAAGUAAUGCUAUUUUAUAGACUAAUCUAUCUGCUAGUUUCAUAGCUGAUUACAAAACAUACUAUCAGUAGUACACUGUGUAAGAUGCUCCAGACUCACAACACUGCUUCUUUAUGUGUGCUCAAAAUGUAAUACUUUAUGUACAAACUGAACUGGGUCCCAAUAUCCCUUCAAGUCGAUGGUCUUUAUUCAUGCAUCCCUUGAGUCUUUCUAUCAAACAUCUCAGCAGGGUACGCCUUACAUACACAACAUCAGUUACUUUGUGUUCUUCAAAGACUGGUUUAGAUAAACUAGAUGUAGUGGGAAAUCUGAUAUGAAAAAUAAGCAUCGUCGUGGUCCUAGUUAAUAUGGACCGAUUUUACUAUACUAUAGUCUCAGAGAAGAUUUCAUAGAACCUGCGGCUUUAAUUCGAGCUGAGUGGGUUUAGAUGACUUGUAGAUAUAAUAUCAAGAGUUUGAUUGUAUUCUGUCCAUUGAUUUAUUUGGAUAGGGAGAAUCCUAUGUAAUAUGCACUGGGUUAGAAAUUAUUUGUAUUUUCUCGUCUUCAACUGUGGACUGACACAAUAUAACAUCUACUCUGAGUUUAUUAAUACCUCCAUAAUAAACCAAGUGUGUAACAAUAUAUAUUUUGUAGUUGCUUACAUUGUUAGUAAGUCCCUCAGUUGAAGAGCAAAAGAAGGACACAUGAAACACAUUCAUGUUAAUUGACAUUCAUUCAAUUAGUUUGUGUUGCAUUAAGUGGCACCAGGUUUGUAUUGUUAAGAAAUGAAUAAAUAUUGCAGUUUAUUUUACAGAA